CAUCCCACACAGGGAGACAGACUGCUGCAAAGGAUUUUGCUUUCAUCAACAGAAAAACCAGGGGACAACUUUUUGGUUGUAGUAUUGUCUGUGACUCUCUCUCUUUCCCCCCAAGUGAGCAACAGCUCUCUCUCUCUUUCUCUCUCUUUCCCCCUCCACUCGUUUCUAUCUCUACCUCUGAAAGGUGGGCAGUAGAGAGGGUGCAUUUCCAGAAACAAGUUGCUCUGCAGCGGCCCCAUUAUCUCAGCUCAAGAUGUACAGCUUUAUGGGAGGGGGCCUGUUCUGUGCUAUUGUUGGUAAUAUCCUGUUGGUGGUCUCCACUGCAACGGACUACUGGAUGCAGUAUCGCCUCUCUGGAAAUUAUGCCCACCAGGGUCUGUGGAGGUACUGCAUGUCCAACAAGUGCUACAUGCAGACUGACAGCAUAGCGUACUGGAAUGCCACCAGGGCCUUCAUGAUCCUUUCAGGGAUGUCAUGCUUCGCAGGCAUCAUCGCUGGCAUCAUGUCCUUCUCUCACUUCUCCUCCUUUGAAAGGUUCAACCGCUCCUUUGCUGCAGGAAUCAUGUUUUUCGUCUCCACUUUCUUUGUUCUGCUGGGUAUGGCCAUUUAUACUGGAGUGACGGUCAACUUCCUGGGGAGGCGCUUCGGUGACUGGCGCUUCUCCUGGUCCUACAUACUGGGCUGGGUGGCCAUGCUCAUGAACUUCUUUGCAGGUAUUUUCUACAUAUGUGCCUACAGAAUGUGUGAAUGCAGGAGAGGAACCGGCCCACGCUAGAGGGAGACAGACAGUUUGUUUUAAAAAAAAAAAAAAAAAAAGGAGGACAAUGCCACUUUGAAUUAAGGGCAAACAGAAGGCGGUGCUGACUGAUCUACUGAGGAGAUGACGUUGGAUGCUGCUCCCAGAGGCCUUUGAUGGUCAAUAUGGAAUUUUUGGGAGUAAUCAUGAUGAUAGCAAAGAGGAAGUAACGGCGUGUCUAAUUAUU